GCUCACGUCUGACGUCAGCUACGUUCAGUUCGGUGUGUUGGCAUGAAGCGGUGAAGAGUGCCCCAACUGACCCGCGAACCGCACGCGCGCACGCCGACUACCAGUGCCUCUAGGACCCAACCGGACUGUGGACACGUGCUCCGGACGCAACCUGAUGACCACCUGAUGGUGCAGAUCCAUGUGUCGCAAGUCAACCAGGACGGCUGGUAGGCUCGAUCGAUGCUGUCUGAGUCGGCUGGAGCAGGAAGCGAGUCACUAGUUUGGCCGCAAGCCCGAGGGCUUACAGGCCGACGCACGGCCCACCGACGGACCAACAGGUUGCGCAUUCCUGACGUACUUCAGCCCGGAGAGCGCCCUCAACGCCCAGAACGCUCUGCAUGAGAAACAUACGUUGCCAGGGAUGAACCGCCCCAUCCAAGUGAAACCAGCGGACAGUGAAAACCGCGGAGAUCGAAAGCUGUUCGUGGGUAUGCUCAGUAAGCAACAAACUGAAGAAGAUGUCAGACAAUUAUUCGCACCCUUUGGAACAAUAGAAGAGUGUACGAUUCUUCGGGGACCCGACGGAGCUAGCAAAGGUUGCGCUUUCGUGAAAUACAGUUCGCAUCAGGAAGCGCAGGCGGCCAUUAAUAGCUUACACGGGAGCCAAACUAUGCCGGGAGCCUCUUCCAGCUUAGUAGUGAAAUUUGCCGAUACUGAAAAAGAACGACAACUUAGACGCAUGCAGCAGAUGGCCGGAAACAUGAGUCUUCUCAACCCCUUCGUGUUCAACCAGUUCGGAGCUUAUGGAGCUUACGCACAGCAUUCUUUGGACUUUCAGCAACAGGCAGCUCUCAUGGCAGCUGCGACAGCACAAGGAACGUACAUUAACCCAAUGGCAGCGCUCGCGACGCAGAUUCCUCAUGCGACACUCAACGGUAUGGCGAAUUCGGUGGUGCCACCUACAUCAGACGUUGGUGUAGGUGCUGGUUCGGGUCAGCCCGUCAACGGCGCCAUACCCAGUUUACCUUCUCCGACAAUGCCAACUUUCAACAUGGCAGCACAAACGCCCAACGGGCAACCGGGAGGCACGGAAGCCGUUUAUACGAAUGGAAUUCCACAAACGUAUCCAGCUCAUGCGCUACAUCUGUCCAUUCCAGCGCAAGGAUUGCCUAACGGUGAAGCGGCGCUUCAGCAUGCAGCGUAUCCAGGGAUGCAACCAUAUCCAGGAGUCGCUUACCCCGCGGUUUAUGGCCAAUUCCCGCAGGCCAUUCCCCAACCUAUGUCGGCAGUUGCUCCUGCACAGAGGGAAGGCUGCUCCAUCUCCGGUCCCGAAGGGUGUAAUUUGUUUAUCUACCAUUUACCUCAAGAAUUCGGGGACGCUGAACUGAUGCAAAUGUUCCUGCCUUUCGGAAACGUCAUCAGUUCCAAGGUGUUCAUUGACCGUGCCACUAACCAGAGCAAGUGUUUCGGGUUUGUGUCAUUCGACAACCCGGCGAGUGCUCAAGCAGCCAUCCAAGCUAUGAACGGCUUCCAGAUAGGCAUGAAGAGACUCAAGGUCCAGCUGAAGAGGCCCAAGGACGCCAACAGGCCCUACUAACCUUGACCGUGAGAACUUGUGGCGCUGACGGCGCCCAUCAGCCACUAGUAUACUAGACGACACUUUAUACAAAAACACAUAGUAUAUUAUAAACUUAUAAUAAUAUAAAAACAUGCCUGGUUACACACUCCGAGCACACGCAGUCCGGCCGCGCCCGCCGCCCGUCUUAUCGAGAAAUUCCAAAUGGGCUGUGAUUAAAUAACAAAUCAGUGUUUGAUUGUACAGGCCGUUUUGUCUUCUCGUUCGUGAAAUGUAUCACUAUUUUGAGACGUCUACUCUUAAUUAUUUGUUGUAAGUACUUAAUGUGUGUUAAACUGUACUUGAAUAAGAAAUUGAGGGCGGGUGGCGCUUCCGCCUGCUCAGUUGCCAAAUUUAGCCCAGGCAUGUUUUCUGUGAUGAUAUGCUAGUCACAGUUUGGGCUCGGAGUCGCACUUAUGGGGACACACGGUACCAUGUCGGGUCUCCCUUCUGUUUUCAAAAGAAAAAGGAGCCAUGACAUUCAUUAUUAAUUAACAAUACCUAUACAAAGGAAAUGAACAUAGUAUAAUAUUUCUACUAAAGUUAAGUAACAUAAUCCUUACAAAGUACCAACUAUAUAUUAAUCUGUAAAAUAUUAGAGGGUAGCAGUUUAGGAUAGCCAAAGAAUGGUCGUGAUACCAUGAAGGUAUAGUCAUUAUCGAUUUUAGAACAAUACGUUCGCAAUUUAUGAAUUUUAUCUAAUGUAUAAGUUUAUAUAUCAAAAUGCAAAUUGUGCGUUUACGCCAAAUAGUUGUUGAGAAGUUAGUUGACGCUUUGCGGGACUUGCCAAAGUCCCUGGGCAGGCCGGGAAAAGAGAGUGGAGAAGCACUCGGCUGGGCCACUCUAGUCAAAUUAUCCAGCCAUCGGCUGCGGAUUCUAGUUAAUAUGAUUAGAAUUAAUUUAGUCCUAAGACAUAUAUUUAGUGAACAUAUAUAAUAUUUAUUGAAUCUAAUGUAUUUAGAUAUACAAAAGUAUUUUUUUAUUUUUUAAUUAUGUAUUUAUUUUUUCGGCUGAGAUACUAUUGUGCAAUAUUAACAGAACGACUGAUACACCUAAUUGUGAAACGUACUUAAUUUUUUUUUUUUUUUUCAUAUAGAGUUUUCUUGUUUUCUAUACUAUAUUUAUUACAAAGCAAAUAGUUUGCUGAAUAUUAUCGCCUUAAGUUAUAUUUAUAUUUUCAUAAUGUUUGUUUUUAUUCUUUUUUAAAUAGUAGUUAGUGCAUUCCACGCUUACUAAUGACAUUCCUUCGGCGCUGGAAGUAAAUACUUUUAAGUACUAACCAGAACGGGAGGGUGGCAGCUCCCGAAACUAAUUAAUAUAUCGAGACUUACCCCUACCAAAAAUUAACCCACUUAAAUAAUAACACAGCUUCCCAAAAUCAAUCUCUCCUAAAAACGAACAGGCCUCCUCAAACCAACCAAAAAUUAGCUUAGCAACCGUAGAAUCGAAACGCAGAAAAAAAUGAAUUCAAGUGGGUUCUCAGGUAAUAGCAUUUUUUCGACAUCUUCUCACCGUUCAAGCUCGUACUGCAAACUCCCUUCUGCAUGAUGCCUUUUUGCUAGUUUUAAUUGUUAGUAGCGAAAAUCCGUGCAUCUUUUAAACGUUUAUAUACAUAAUAUUUAUAAGUGACGGUGAUUACUAGACUCGCGGAGGCCUUUUGGUACUGGUGGGUCUCAUCUGUCUAGUCUAAUUCAUUGAAAUUAUAAAAUAUGGUCUCCCCAAUCAGGCAAGAGCGGAUAAUAAUCAAUCUCUAAACGCAGCGAAGUGAUUCUAGGAUACAGGGUAUGUUUUUGCAAUUAUUUGUGUAACUGUUUCUCAUCGUGAGAGGGCGGUCAUCGUGUUUCUAUUAGUAUAUGUAUUCAUAGUUCCGCGUCAGCAGCGGAUGUAAGUCCGCACCCUCGCUAUCAAGACAUUUUCAUCCCAUGCUGUAUAUAUAUUGGGGUCCAUUCGAUUGCACCAUUUUAUACAAAAUGUAUGGUCCUUUCCUGUCGCAGGCAAGAAACGUACCUGUCGAUUCAAAAGGAUUCGGACAAUCACAUCAACUGUUAUCGGACGCAACGUCUAUACCCAAAAGAAGGAACCCAAAAGAAUUGUCAAAUUUAAACGGUGAGCUUAUUAUUGUACUGAAUGAAGUCGAGAGGAACCUGAAUUUUUUCAAAAUUGUACGAUCCAUUCACCAAAUCGCCGAUUUGUAAAAAUUAGAAAAAAAAAAGCGUUGAUUGUUUGUUAUUAUAGAGUGUAAAUAACAAUUUAAUAAUCGAUAAUACAAAAUAUAUUUUUCUACUUUAAUGCAAUUUAUAGUAUAAAUUGAACAAAAUUAAGCCCGCUGGUGAACCGUAAGCGGGUACAUAUCUCUUUGCCAAAAUUACAUUGUUCUUUUCGAUGUUGUGUGUACAUAAUAAAAUUGAAAUACGACAAAAGCCGAAUUGGUUAAAUGGGUCUGACAAACGUUGAUAAUAAUAAAAAUGUAAAUAAUUAUUAUAAUGAAUCGACAUUUCGUGUCCCGUGCUUUAUUAUUUGUACCUAAUUGAUAAAAAUCACUUCUAUGUGAGUCUACGCUAAAUCUGUAUUCACAGAGAGUUGUUUCUAAGACGUAAUUAAUAAGAAUUAUAGGGCUGCUUUGAUAGGAUAGCGGCAAAAACGACUGUUUUAGAUCAUAUUUCGUGCACCGAGCAUUGCUUUAUGAUGCUCGAAUUAAGACCAUGUCCCAUUUGAUUCUGUGAUACAUGAAUAUCUGUGUAAUGACGUGUGAAACAGAUUUGAUGUUCGUUUGAAAAUUGGGAAUCGUUCCGCGAUGUAAAAACAAAAACUUUAAAUUUGACCAUUUCUCGUAAUCGCCUAUUUCCAAUGGACGGAACAGAAAAUGUGAUUGUCGGGAUCUGGUGGUCCAUUUUUUAUAUUUUAGAUGCUAAAAAGUCAACAGGCGCUUAAUCAUGGAAUCAUUUUUUUCCGUUUUAUUAGUCGAUCUAGCCGACUUACACAUCCACUCAUCAUCAUAUAUUUUAGCUACGAGUAGAGUAGGGAGUAGGUUCUAGUCAUAAUUUAUAACGUGUAUGGCAUUUAUUACAAAAUUAAGGUUGAGCAUAUGGAACCAAUGCGGUACUCAUACUCAUUAUAAUAUUAGAAAAAAAAAGUUUGAACAAACUUGCAUAGUCUGAGAUCUUGCCAAUUUAUUGGUUUGUUUUCACCCAACAUUAGUAUGCUGGGACCAAACUGUUGUUUUGACGAUUUUUUAGCUUCGCCCAAAGUUUCGACAUAGUCUAGUCAGUAAACAUGUUGGUGAUCAAUUAUUUCGUUAUUCAAUUUUUGAUCAUUUAAUGAUGCAGUUUUUUUUACAAAUUGUAAUAUAGCGUUGUAUAUCAUAUUUAUUGCUACGUUGUUUAUUUAUUAUUAUUUAUUAUUUAUUUCUAGUCAUAAGUCUUAUUUACUUAAGCUUUCACGACGACGUCCCGUCUUUUCCUUCGCUUCUCGCGAACGAAGAAGACGAAGAAAAGGGAGAGGACGCCGGACCUACGCUUGUAUACAGUAUUAUGCGGUCUGCUGUAGACGAUAUGCAGGAGAAAGGUGCGAGUACCCAAUUAUCAUAUUCGGACGAAUCUCCAUCAAUUAUAUAAGAUAAUCCACGCCAUACUCUGUUGCAUGUCAGUUUUAUUACAUUUUACACAAAAUUAUUAUAAAAUAAAAUUAUUACAUAAUAUUAUAUUAUUAUAUUAUAUAUAGUAGAUAAUUGAAUUAAUAUUUAUAACCUGCUAAACUUGUAAUACGAUAAUGUAAAAACAUAUGAGUAAAUUAGACAAUGAAUGCGUGAACUUUCUAUCCAUGUAUGAAAUUUAUCAUAUUUUGUUAUUUUUACACUGUCAAUUUUGCUGGUCUUUUUGUAUUUCUUACAGUCAUUUAUCGAAUAUUAUUACUUUUAAAAUGUGACGUUUAAAAUAUCAGAAUAAUGUAUUAUACAGUAAUCUGUAAUUUCAUAUUUUGACAUACAAGUUACAGUCCAUUUAUUAAAAAAAAUAAUGUAUCAUAGACAUGACAGAGCGGCACUUGUAAUGCUCAAACUUUACAUAAUCUAUUAAGAUCUAACAAGGGUCAUGUCUCUUUUUCUUAUUAUUAUUAAUUAUUAUUAUAUUACUAACUUUUUACCAAAUAAAUCCAAUUCAACACAAACACGUUUACAACAUACAUAAAUGUAAGAAAUUUUAGUGCAGUAAAUCAGUUUACAUUGGUUUGGAUUUAUUUUGGAAAGCUAUCCAGUUCAUAUGAAACUUUAUAAAAGAAUUAUAAAUUAAUAAAGUUAAAUAUAAUGCAUA